UGAACUUUAAACCGUCCAAAACGAUGAAUCAAAACGGUGCGUUUUUGAAGUGAGAGUGGUGUCCCAACACAGCCUCUUGAUUAUACUUUAUUAAAUUCCAAUUUUUUUCGAAAAGCGUUAAACCAUACCAAAAUGAUGAAUCAAAACGAUGCGUUUUGAGGUGAGAGUGGUGUGUCAACACCGCCUCUUGAUUCAACUUCAUCUCUCUAUUUCUCUCUGUACAUAACGCAAAUGUACCGACUCGCUUUUCGUAGAAACCUUGAACAACCCUAGAAAUCUAAAUUAUUCCGGAAAAAAAAAACUAGCAUUUCAAAGGUGAUCGUAAAUGGCGUUUGCUGAGGAAGAAUGUUCAUCUACCAAGUCUCGAUCAGCCUCUAACAAUGACUCCCACUAUCUAGCCAAGUGCGUUCUCAAAGGAAGUGUCGUUCUCCAUGUCGUUCACGGCCGCAUCCGCUCUCCUUCCUUCAGCGACAUCGUUUUCGGCAAGGAGACAUCCCUAGAGUUGGUAAUAAUUGGUGAAGAUGGGAUUGUACAAUCUGUUUGUGAGCAAGCUGUAUUUGGCACAAUUAAAGAUCUUGCUGUUCUACGCUGGAAUGAGAGGUUCCACCAUCAAAAUCUACAGAUGCAAGGUAGAGAUCUUUUGGUCGUUGUUUCUGAUUCUGGGAAGCUUUCAUUUCUCAGAUUUUGCAACGAAAUGCACAGGUUUUUCCCAGUGACACAUGUUCAGCUUUCCAGUCCAGGAAACUUGAGGAACCAGCUUGGACAAAUGCUGGCUAUUGAUUCCAACGGCUGUUUUAUUGCCACUAGUGCAUAUGAAGAUCGAUUGGCCAUGUUCUCCAUUUCAAUGGCUACCGACAGUGAUAUCAUUGAUAAGAGAAUAUUCUAUCCUCCUGAAAUAGAAGGGGACUCAGGCGUAGCUAGAAGUGUCCACAGAACCAGUAUAUCUGGUACCAUAUGGAGCAUGUGCUUUAUUUCAAAAGAUCUUAAUCAACCCAGUGGUGGGUACAACCCUGUGCUAGCAAUUAUUCUAAAUAGGAGGGGGGCGGUUUUGACUGAGCUGGUUUUAUUGGAAUGGAUUAUUAUUGAAAAUGCUGUUCGUGUUAUUUCUCAGUAUGCUGAAGCUGGACAUUUAGCUCAUAGCAUUGUUGAAGUUCCUCAUUCAUAUGGAUUUGCCUUUCUGUUCAGGAUUGGUGAUGCUCUUCUGAUGGAUCUUAGGGAUGCUCACAACCCUUGUUGUGUCUAUAAGACAAGCUUAAAUAUUUUACCCACUUCAGUUGAGCAGAAUUUUGCUGAAGAGUCAUGUCGAGUACAUGAUGGUGAUGAAGAUGGCAUCUUUAAUGUUGCUGCCAGUGCCUUGCUAGAGCUGAAGGAUUAUGUUGCUAAAGGUGAUGAUCCUAUGAAUGUAGAUGGUGACAGUGGCAUGGUAAAAUCAACCUCCAAACAUGUCUGUGCAUUGAGUUGGGAACCAGGAAAUGAAACAAAUUCGAGGAUGAUAUUUUGUGUAGAUACAGGAGAACUUUUUAUGAUUGAAAUUUCUUUUGACUCUGAUGGCCCUAAAGUUAAUCUAUCUGAUUGUCUUUAUAGAGGUCUAUCCUGCAAGGCACUUUUGUGGUUUGCAGGCGGAUUUCUUGCUGCACUUGUAGAGAUGGGGGAUGGGAUGGUCCUGAAAUUGGAACAGGGAAGGCUGGUUUACAGAAGUCCUAUUCAAAACAUUGCUCCAAUCCUGGAUAUGUCUGUUGUAGAUUGCCAUGAUGAGGAACAUGAUCAAAUGUUUGCCUGCUGUGGAGUGACACCAGAGGGAUCAUUAAGGAUCAUACGGAGUGGCAUCAGUGUGGAAAAGCUAUUGAGGACUGCCCCAAUUUAUCAAGGCAUAACUGGCACUUGGACUGUUAAAAUGAAAGUUAUUGAUUCUUAUCAUUCUUUUCUUGUGCUGUCAUUUGUUGAAGAGACUAGGGUAUUAUCAGUUGGUUUAAGUUUUACUGAUGUGACUGAUUCAGUUGGAUUUCAGCCUGAUGUCUCUACUUUGGCGUGUGGUGUUGUGGAUGAUGGUUUGCUGGUCCAGAUCCACAAAAAUGGGGUUAAACUCUGUUUGCCCACAACGGUUGCACAUCCUGAAGGCAUUCCAUUGGCUUCUCCAAUUUGUACAUCUUGGUUUCCAGAAAAUAUAAGCAUCAGUCUUGGGGCAGUUGGAUAUAAUUUAAUUGUUGUCGCAACUUCGAGUCCAUGCUUCUUAUUUAUUCUUGGGGUCAGAUCAGUAUCAGCAUAUCAAUAUGAAAUAUAUGAGAUGCAGCAUGUGAGAUUGCAAAAUGAAGUAUCCUGCAUUUCCAUACCUCAUAAACAUUUUGAUAAAAAACCGUCAACUUUUCUCAGUAAUUUAGUUGAUAAUAGCAGUGCAGCUGCCCUACUGAUUGGGGUAAAUAUUGGUCGAAUCUUUGUCAUUGGCACUCAUAAGCCUUCAGUGGAGAUUUUGUCAUUCCUACCUGAUGAAGGCCUUAGAAUUCUUGCUUCUGGGGCCAUUUCAUUAACAAAUACAUUGGGAACUGCUGUUAGUGGUUGUGUCCCUCAGGACGCCAGACUUGUUCUAGUUGAUCGAUUUUACGUUCUUUCAGGUUUGAGAAAUGGAAUGCUUCUUCGGUUUGAGUUGCCUGCUGCCUCUAUGGUGUUCUCAUCAGAAUUAUCCAGUCACAGCCCAUCUGUGAGUUCCUGUUCGGUAAAUGAUGCUGAUACUAAUUUAUCAAAUAUGAUGGCGCCAAAUUCUAUUGGCCCACAAAUGUGUGCUAUUAAUUUAUCAGAAGAGACAAAUAUCAACAGUCCUGUUAAUCUGCAAUUAAUUGCGAUCCGUCGUAUUGGCAUUACUCCUGUUUUCCUGGUUCCUCUGAGUGAUUCACUUGAGGCUGAUAUUAUUGCUCUCAGUGAUAGGCCUUGGUUAUUGCAGAGUGCGAGGCACAGCCUCUCAUAUACUUCCAUCUCAUUUCAACCUUCAACCCAUGUAACUCCCGUAUGUUCCAUGGAAUGCCCUAUGGGAAUAUUAUUUGUUGCGGAGAAUAGUCUACAUUUGGUGGAGAUGGUGCAUAGUAAGAGGCUUAAUGUGCAGAAAUUUUAUCUUGGAGGCACUCCAAGGAAGGUUUUAUAUCAUAGUGAAAGCAGGUUAUUGCUUGUGAUGAGGACCGAAUUGAGUCAAGAUACAUAUUCAUCCGAUAUUUGUUGUGUUGAUCCUCUUAGUGGAUCCGUGCUUUCAUCUUUUAAACUUGAACUUGGGGAAACUGGAAAAUCCAUGGAGUUGGUAAGGGUUGUAAACGAACAGGUUUUGGUGAUUGGAACCAGUCUGUCUUCUGGUCCAGCUAUGAUGCCCAGUGGUGAAGCUGAAAGUACGAAGGGCCGUCUAAUUGUCCUCUGCCUUGAACACAUGCAAAAUUCAGAUAGUGGUUCAAUGACAUUUUGUUCAAAGGCAGGGUCAUCUUCCCAGCGAACAUCACCAUUUCGUGAAAUUGUUGGAUACGCUGCUGAACAGUUAUCAGGCAGUAGCCUUUGCAGCAGUCCUGAUGAUACUAGUUGUGAUGGAGUCAGGCUUGAAGAAAGUGAAGCAUGGCAGCUGCGAUUGGCUUACACAGCCACAUGGCCUGGGAUGGUACUUGCUAUCUGUCCUUAUCUUGACCGUUACUUUUUGGCAUCUGCUGGUAACUCGAUAUUUGUAUUCUUCUGUCAGUUUUAUGUAUGUGGUUUUCCAAAUGAUAACCCUCAAAGAGUGAGAAGGUUUGCUGUUGGAAGGACACGCUUCAUGAUAAUGUCUUUGACUGCACAUUUUACUAGAAUUGCUGUUGGCGAUUGCCGUGAUGGUGUUGUUUUCUAUUCCUAUCAUGAGGAUUCCAGGAAACUUGAGCAGCUUUACUGUGACCCAGAGCAGAGAUUGGUUGCUGAUUGUAUUCUCAUGGAUGUUGAUACUGCUGUUGUUUCAGAUCGCAAAGGGAGCAUUGCUGUCCUGUCAUGUUCAAACCAUUUAGAAGAUAAUGCAAGUCCAGAAUGCAAUUUAACAUUGAAUUGUUCAUACUAUAUGGGGGAGAUAGCCAUGAGCAUCAAGAAGGGGUCAUUUUCAUAUAAGCUGCCAGCAGAUGAUGUUUUGAAGGGUUGUGAUGGUUCUAAUACAAUUAUCGACUUUUCGGAGAACAGUAUUAUGGCCGGUACACUUUUAGGAAGCAUAAUAAUGCUUAUUCCUAUAUCGAGGGAAGAACAUGAGCUCUUAGAAGCUGUACAAGCUAGACUUGCGGUUCACCAACUGACUGCUCCUAUUCUUGGAAAUGAUCAUAAUGAGUUUCGAAGCCGUGAAAACUCAGUGAGAAAGGCUGGAGUAUCUAAGAUACUGGAUGGCGACAUGCUUGCUCAGUUCUUGGAGCUCACAAGUAUGCAACAAGAGGCUGUUUUAGCAUUACCUCUUGGAUCACUAGAGACAGUUACAUCAAGUUCAAAGCAGACUUUGCUUUCUCCAAUCUCUGUCAAUCGUGUUGUGCAACUACUUGAGCGAGUUCAUUAUGCGUUGAAUUGAAUAUCUUGUUUUGUCCUGCUCUUGAGAUGUGAAAAUUGAUUUGCAAACUGCCCACCAAGGAAGCAUUUAUGUAAAAAAUAAAAGGAUGCUGUCUUUGAGGUGCCUGCCAGCUUUUUGCCGAAGGAUGAAUGCCCAUAUAAGAGACUGAAAUUAGUUGACCAUAUAUUACAGACCUAGCUGCAAGAUGGCAUAUCCAAAAUCCUCAGAGCAACAGCCAUACACUAAAUCAGAUUCUUUCUGCCAUCUCCACUGGGACAACUAACCUGCACAGUGAAUAAAUAUGAGAAAAACAUGUAAAAUUGUCAUUUUCCUCAUCUAAUCAAUACUUGACCUUAUAUCAUUACCCUUGUAUUGUAUUUACAAAUCCCAGGAAAAUACCUACUGCAUUUGAGAACUCAAAGAGAGAGAGAGAGAAGGAAUUAGUGUUGGAAAUUAGUCUGUAUUUUAGAUGUAUGCAAUUUCUUUUUCCUUCUCCAGGCUGCUAUCUAAGCAGCCAUUUUUGUAAUAUUCUUUGCUAACAGAACAACAAAUAAUCUGUUAAUAGAACUUUUAUUA